GCAUACUCGCUAUCGAGUUUAAAAUAAAAUAACAGGCCAAAUUCAUACUGAGUGAAUGUCGAUGUUGGUUACAGGUCUUAUGUGAUUUACGACACAUUCCUGUGUAAUUCAAAAUUAGAUAUAGACCAAUGCGAAAACAAAUGUUGCUGUAUCUCAUUUUUAUUGGAGCGCAACGGCGCGCGUAUGAAAAUAUGGGUAGGUAUUGCCAAUGCCUAGUGGACAAGUGACGCAUUGAAUAAAAGAGAACGUGAACGCGAGCAGGGACAGUUUUUUAUUAUAACAACCAAGACGAUGGUUUAGUCCUUCUACAAGCUCUCAUUUCUUAGAUAUUAGAAAAUAUAUUGUAUUACCAAACUUCAAGAUCCUUGUAUAAUUAUGGACGAAUAUAUGGAUGUAUAGCUACAAACUGGGCAGUCAUUCCUGUUGUAACGCAAUAUAUCUACGUAUAGUCUUACUUUUAAAAUCGGAAUUUAAACUCCGUGUACUCCUAAACAGACAUAAAGCACAUUAUUAAUAAAUGAGGAUUAAAAGUCGUCAUCUGAGGAAGUAUCACAUUCUUGCGCAUAUCCUUUGAGGAACGCUAACUUUUAAGUAGAUUCUCAAAUCUUUUCGUCCGGCGAUUAGGCGGCGGUCAAUUCUAACUGUAAUACCAGUCAGGCAGAAACCGUUCUUCUAGCUCAGAGUGACAGGCUUCGAAAUGAACCUAUAACAAUUCAGAAUUUUGCCUUAUUCAAAUGCUGGAAAUCCAUCAAACCACCGGAUUUUCAAACAGAGAAAUGUUUCAUAAGGACAUCGCAAGCCUGGGCGCGCUGCUUAUAUGCAGCUUACUUCUGACAGUUCAGUGAUAUUUAGUCAUAAGAAACACUCACACUUUUCAAUGGAAUGUAAUGAUGCUCAGAAUAUCGAAUGGGGAUGCUUUCCAACAAAUGACGUUUGGGCUUUCUGAAAACAGCAGCUCCUGGCCUGUUGAACAUCAGCAACGUCAUCAGUAACCUGUUCGCUGCCUGUAAUCUCGCUCCUCAUUGGUCAUUGUGGCAGUAAGACUCACUUCAACCAUGGAGAGCCUGUGCGAGCUGCAGAACCCACUCUUGGACAAGACCAAUAAGCACAUGGUCGGUGAUGACUAUGGUUACCAGGGCGACUUCCCAGCCAACCCGUGUCAGGAGAACAUUAUCAGCUACUUUGUGACUGGUGGGGGCGGUGGCCAGGCCAAGGCCCACCAGCUGCUGGAUGCCACAUCGCUGCACCUGGCUGUGGAGGCCUUCUAUAGGCCCAACUUCAUCCUGUGCAAGGACAGUGCCCUUGCCAAAAGCAAGGACUGCAAGGGGGAGAACUGCGAGACCACCUUCACGGAGGACAAGGAGGUUGAACCCGAAGCCCCCAGCACGGAGGACCCACAGGCCAAGCUUCUGGGGGAGAAGGAGGUGAAGAUCCAGACCGUUUCAUAUGAUGUGGAGGAGGAGGAGUACAUGGAGUAUGAGAGUGACUGUUCCAGCGACAGCGAGAGUGAGGAUAACUUCCUGAUGGUUCCACCGCGAGACCACCUCGGCCUGUCCAUCUUCUCCAUGCUCUGUUGCUUCUGGCCCCUGGGCAUCGCCGCGUUCUACUUCUCUCAGGGGACAAGUAAAGCCAUCACAAAAGGAGACUUCUCCCUGGCAAGCACCGCCUCCAAGCGGGCCCUGUUCUUGGCCGCCCUCUCCAUCACCAUCGGUACGGGGGUCUACGUGGGCGUGGUGGUUGCCCUCGUCGCCUACCUGUCCAAACCGGGGCACGUAUAGCAGCGGGGCGCGGCCCGGCACACGGUUCGAUCGGCAGGAAGUCCGUCCCCCCCCCCCCCC